AACUGUUUACAGAAAAACAAAUAAAUAAAAGCUGCGCAUUUAACAAGAGCAAUAUUGGCCAGGCACCACCGCCAGCUCCUUCAAACUUGGAUUUUAUGGUUCAAAUUGCAGAAGAAAAAGACACAGUGAUGGAAGACGAGGAGAAUGAACGUCCUAAUAUUUUUGAUGCACCAAUAAUAAUAGAUAACACUCCCAUGGAAAACGUAGAAGACGUAUUUAAUGUAAAUGUUGACAUACAACAAAUGUUGCGUAUGCAAGCAGCAUCGAAUGUUACUCAAAGACAGAUACUACAACGAUUAGUAAAAAUAGAAAACGCGUUGAAACACCGCGCGUUAAGUCCUAAUAAAAUUAAGGACGAUCUUAUAAAACCAUAUUUACCGUUAACAACAGUUGCAGUCGUGAAGGAAUUUGAUGCGUUAUUGAAAGCAUCAGAUGAUGCUGUGAUACAGUUUAAAGAGUUUUUAUCAAAAACGGGUGAUAAUAACGCCAGAGAUAACAUUCUUCGUAUUCUUAAAAAAACAUUUACAAAUCAAUGCUCCAUGAGAUGUUCCUGGAAAGGACUGCGACAAAAUUUUCAAGUUUCAAACUUACAUCUCAUACAAAUUAUAAAAAAAGAGGUAACACUACGUUACGCGACGUUCACUGAAGCAGAAUUUGAAAACGUUGUUGCAGAGUGGCUACGCUUUGCGAAACAACAAAAUGAUAGAGAACGAGCAAAGGAAAAUAUUGAGAUCGAAAAUGUUGUCAGAAAUGUUGAAAAUAAUUAGAAUUAAAUGUUCAAAAUAAAAGUUCAAAUUAAAAGUUCCUAUAUUAGAAUUGUGGAAAAAAAAUUUGUAGCGUUUUACUCUAAGAAAAAUAUUUGAAUUUUACUAAAAAAAAGUUUUUUUGUAAAACGCUACGAACUUUUAAUCACCCAAUAUUAAAUAUUAAAAGUUUCUAUAUUAUAUUAUAUAAUAAAAUUAAUAUAUUUUAUGAAUUAUACAUUUAAAAAUUAAAUUUUUAUUUUUAUAUAAAUUUUCUUUAAAUAGAAAUUUUAUCCUAUAUAUGUUAUAGAUUUGACAGACUGUUUUGCUUUAUAGAGAUGUAAAAUGAGAUGUAAAAUAAAAUGUGAUGUACUUUAAGUUUCAUAUGCAACAAAUAAAAUGUGAUAUACUUUAAUUAAAAUAAAAUGUGAUAUACUUAAGUUUAAUAUACAAA